UAAAUAAAAAUCUAAUUAGUCAUUAGUAAACCGAUCAAUGGACAUGAUCAAGAAAACCAAAGCUGCUUCAUCGUCUUCUUCGACUUCAUUUGAUCAUCUCUUUGGUCCUAAAGGAUCAUCUACCUCUGCUUCAUCUUCAUCUUCUUGUUCCACUAUACUCGACUCCAUCUUCCCUCCUCCGGUUGUAGCAAGGAAGACUGGAAAUUACACUGCUCCUGAAGUUCAAGGCAACAACAACAUCUCUCAAGCCACUGAUGAAAGAAGCAGCCAUGAAAAGAGAGAAGCUUCUUAUUUCAGCUCCUCCAUUUACUACGGAGGCCAGCAACACUAUUCACCUCCACGAACCGAUGGCUCCUCCACUUCUCCAUCUCAUCAGCCCAAAGAAUCUGUUGAUCGCAAUGACUCAACCACCUCUGCUUCUAGAGGAAACUGGUGGAAAGGUACUUACUACUUAAUUCCUACAUUAUUUAAUUGCUUAAUUAGUAAUCUCUAUUCUCAAAUCAUUAUCUCAAGUCUCAACUCACCAAUGGAUUAUUUCAUUUAUGUAGGUUCUUUGUAUUACUAAGAUCAACCUAAUAACUUCAACGACACUUGAUUUACGCAAU